CUGCACCAACCAGGCGGACAACGAGCACAAAUAAGCGUGACACGCAUUUCUCUGUGAACGAGGCUGAAGCUGCGUAAAAAGCUGUGCGUAGCCUGGUGCGUUUUUCUGAGCGGCUCGUACAGAGAAAACUGAAACCCUGGGUCCGCAUCGUGUCAGAGAACCAGAAGAGAUGGACCAAGGAUCCAGCCGGUCAGGGCUGGGCAGUGAUGAUAUUACAGAUGAGACAACGUCCUUGGUGGAUGAGAGGUGGAGCUCUGAUGAAGAUGAGAGCUCUGAUCCUCAGGGUCUGUGCCUGGCGGCACCCCAGACUCCUGUGGCAAACUACAGACAGAGGCUUGAUGAGUUUAAGAAGCUUUUCAAGGAACUACCAGAGUCAGAGAAACUCAUUGUGGACUACCCAUGUGCCCUCCAGAGGGACAUCCUCCUUCAGGGUCGCCUCUACCUUUCAGAGAACUGUCUAUGUUUCUACAGUAAUGUGUUUCGGGGUACUAAGAUCAUAUUAAGUCUUAAAGACAUAAAGACAAUGACCAGAGAGAAGACGGCUCGACUGAUCCCCAAUGCCAUCCAGAUUUGCACCAGCACAGAGAAGUUUUUCUUCACUUCCUUCUCAGCGAGGGAGAAAAGCUACCAAGGUGUUUUCCGCAUGUGGCAGAACACACUGCUGGACAAACCUCUGACAUGCUUAGAGUUAUGGCAGAUGAUCAAACAGCAUUAUGGGAAUGAUUUGGGCCUGAGCCAUGAAGAGAUGGAGAGUUUACAGAUAUCAACAGACUCAAGCAUGCAGACCAGUCUGACAUCGAGGACUGGAGGUGAUGACAGCCUCGGUCGCCUGGAGCGCACCCCCUCUCUUCGACUCCCUGGGGUAGACCAAGGGCCCUUAGAGGCAUCCACGCCUCAAACAGAGGACCUGCCCUCCCCAAUUGGCUCACAAAGCUCCACGUCUCCCAAUGUGGAUGACAUUCGUAACACCCCAUCUCAACGGCGUAGUCCUGCUCCCUCCCUUGAACGUCUCAUUCCAGAACGAGUUUCCAAACGUUCCACACUUUCUCUUGACCUCAACGCCAAUGAGAAUGGUAUUUCAGAGCAGAGUGGUUCAGAGAGCACUGAAGAAGUGGAGGACAGAGUGGGUCUGUCCCAGGUGCCCGGACGCCUCUAUCUGAACAAGGUCUUCCACAUCAGCGCUAAUAAAAUGUUUGAGCUGCUCUUCACAGACUCCAGCUUCAUCCGCAGGUUCAUGAACGUCAGGAAGAUGACCAAUGCCAGCUUUAAUACUUGGCAGAAGGACCCAUCAGGGCACAUGAAGAGAAGCCUCAACUACACAAUAACCAUCAGCAACCCACUGAUUGGAAAGUUCUCCACCGCUACAGAGAACCAGACGUUGUACAAAGAAUCCAGGGAAGGUCAGUAUUACCUCGUGGACUCCGAGGUGUACACUCAUGACGUCCCCUAUCAUGAUUACUUCUUCACCCAAAACCGAUACUACAUCAUCAGUAACUCCAAGCGCAAGUGUCGACUCAGGGUUUACACUGAUGUGAAGUAUAAGAAGCAGCCAUGGGGUCUGGUCAAGUCCUUUAUCACUAAAAACUCCUGGAGCGGCAUAGAGGAUUAUUUCCGACAGCUGGAAGCAGAGUUGCUGGAGGAGGAAGCAGAGCUCAACCAAGGAGGCGGAGACUCUGGCAAGAUGGGUGGGCUUCGAAGGAGGAGGCGAACAUACAGCCGGACUCUACCGGAGCACAUGAAGCCCAACAAGCAGUACGGGCCAGACUCAGAACAGCACAGAGAUGGUACCAAUGGCCCCAUAGAAACGAAAGGCCCAUAUCAAUGGAACCUCACCACAAUAGUUGCUGGUAUGAGUGUGAUUUUGCUCAUUUUGACACUGCUGAAUCUGGGCUUGUUUUUCAAGUUGUGGGCCAUGGAGGAUGUAGCCCACCGCAUGUACCUGAGCACAAAGCAUCGGCUGAGGGAGAGGAGCGAGGCUAGCUUGGCCUCUGAAUAUGGUCCCAGACAAGGGCCUGGGUACAGGAGCAGAGAAGAGGCACGCUUAUUGAAAACUGUACUGCAGGACUCCAUCAACCUUUUAGAACAGCUCCGCAGUUCUCUGAUGGUGCUGCAGCAGAAUUUCGCUUUGGCCAAUCAAACGGCAGCGCCACAGUGAUGCUACCACACCUGGAGACCACGGAGCACCUGUCCCCACCUCUGUGCAGCAAAAAAGACACAGCAGCAACAAACUGCCUCUGAGGAACUCUCUGAUAUCAGUGACAUUAACACAUCGGCGUCCCCAGACUGUUGACGUGCCAUGUGUUGCCAGGAGUUACAUGUCCCAAAGCCUUUCAUGGGGCAUCAGGUGCCAGGAUGUUUUUAAAGCUGCAGACUGACUGCUGGAGUACAAAGUUACAGCGGAGUCAGCUGUGCGUGAAGCACUGGCUUUGGAUUUCUGUAGGGUGCUACUGUCAGCUCACUUGGCUGGCUUCUUUUUCACUCUUUUCUUAAAUAGUGGCAUUGGAUUGAAACACUUGUCUGAUGUGCCUUCCUCUAUUUCAGUGAGCCUCAUGCCACAUUAAAUGAAAUAUGUAAAUAAUUGUUUUUUUUAAUGCAAGGGACAUAAAUCAAUACUAUUUAAAGUUUUCUCUUUUACAUUUUGCCCAUCCUUUUUAUGCGUGUGCCUUUUUAAGUUGUCUUUUAUUUUAUAAUCAGGCUAAUUUAAGUUGAUUUUUUUUUUUUUUUUUUUUUUUUUUUUUUCUUCAUUAAUUUUCAUCCUGUUCCUGUGUUGCUGACAUGAAUGGCUGCAACUUUGCACACUAUAACCAUUAAAUAUUCUCAGAAUUUUGUAAUACUCUAUUUGAGAUACAUUUUAUGUACAGAAAAUAUUGCUGGUAUCAUGAUUUUCUUUUAAAUUUCUAAUUAAUGUAUGGUAUAUUCAGUUUGACAAGUCUAAGAGCUAAUGAUAAGAAGCAGAGCUGCCAAACACUGACAUGCUGGAUUUGUCUAGACUUUGAUAACUUUUUAACCUUUUCUUUUUUUUUUGUUGUAUGUAGACACAAAUUAUAUAGAAAUGUAUACAUACUUUGGUAUGAUUUAAAAUUGUCAUUCCAAUAAAUGUGUAGGGUUGUUCAAUGAAUGUACUCUGCUGUGUACUCACACUGUCAACACUUUUGUGAUUUACAAAGUUUUGUUUCUUUGGGACACACAAACACACACGCAUCACUGUAACUGCAUUGAGCCUUAUUUGUUUAGAGUGUGGUUGUUGCUCUUGUAAUAUGAAACCAUGCACAAUGUUCUCUAGUUAUUUGUUUAAAUCAACUGUAGAUUUGUAUUUUUAGCAAUGAUGUGAUGCACUGUUUUAAUAAAUUAUAUUUCUUGCCAGGC